UAGGAUUGGAGAUGAGUUUGUUGGUUUUGCAUUCCUUUUGUGGAGUAAAGAAAGACAUAUCGACUGAACUAAAUAGGCUACCCAAACACCCAGUCCACUGAAAAUGUCUAAACUACAGUUGUUGAGUUUGUUUUUAAAUGAUCGCUUAACGCCGGCUGAUGUGGAUAUUUUUGAAGCUGUUGAGAAAACGGUAGUGGAGUACCAGGAGGAAAAUGCUCUGCUACGGAGACUGCUGCGGAUCACACCGGAGAUACAACUAUGUAGAACAGAAUCCCUGCAGCUCUCUGUCUCUGAAGAGGAGGUUCCCCCUGAGCAGCAGCACUGUGAGCAGCAGUGGAGCCCCAGUCUGGGGCAGAAGGACCCAGAGACCAAACAGAUUAAAGAGGAACAGGAGGAAGUCAGGACCAGUCAGGAGGAAGAGCAGCUUCAAGGGCUCUUUGAUACCAAAGACUCCAUAUUCACUACUUCCUGUGUGAAAAGUGAAUGUGAUCAGAAGGACCCAUGUCAAGAAGCCGUACGAGCUGAACACCCAACUCUCAGUCCACUGAAAACAUCUAAACUACAGUUGUUUCGUGUGUUUUUAAAUGAAUGUUUAACGGCGUCUGCUGCUGUGGAGAUUUUUGGUGCAGUUGAGAAAACGGUAGGAGAGUACCAGGAGGAGAAUGAUCGGCUACGGACACUGCUGCAGAGGACACCAGAGAUACAGCUAUGUAGAAUAGACUCCCUGCAGCUCUCUGUCUCUGAAGAGGAGGUUCCCCCUGAACAGCAGCACUGUGAGCAGGAGUGGAGCCCCAGUCUGGGACAGAAGGACCCAGAGACCAAACAGAUUAAAGAGGAACAGGAGGAAGUCAGGACCAGUCAGGAGGAAGAGCAGCUUCAAGGGCUCUUUGUUACCAAAGACUCCAUAUUCACUACUUCCUGUAUGAAAAGUGAAUGUGAUCAGGAGGACCAAACCAAGACUGUGGAGAACAGAGAGAGAGACUCUAAACCAGUGGAUCGCAAACCUUCUGGCACUGUGACCCACAUUAAGGGUCUCAACAUUCCCUGUGACCCUCCAGAUAAUCAAGACAAUGCCUCCAGCCACAGCUCAGCCGUAAGCAAUGACCCAGUAGGACUUGACAGUAGCCCACCAUUGGAUACACACUGUUCCAAACCCAGCACCACAUCAAGAAAAACUCACAGCUGCCGUGACUGUGGUGAAUCUUUUGCUCUGAAAGCUGAUCUGCAGAAGCAUGUGACUCUCACCAAGAAGAGACCCAGUGAAUGUGUCUUCUGCAAUAAACAGUACAAAUCCACCUGUAAACUAAAGGCCCACGUCCGACUCUGUCACGGUGUGAAACCUUUCACCUGUCCUGUUUGUGGCAAGACCUUCAAACUAAAGAAAUAUCUGUCCAGACACAUCAGGAUGCACACAGGAGAGAGAUCAUUUAUCUGUGGCGACUGUGGGAAGAGCUUCUAUCGCAAGGAGAACCUAACUAUGCAUAUACGGACUCACACAGGGGAGAAAUUAUUCAGCUGUGGUGACUGCGGGAAAAGCUUCAGUAUCAAGAAUAACCUAACCAUGCAUAAACUGAUUCACACAGGAGAGAAACCAUUUAGUUGUGGUUACUGUGGGAAGAGCUUCAGUCAGAAGGGAGACCUAGGGAGGCAUAUAUUGAUUCACACAGGGGAGAAACCAUUUAGCUGUGAUGACUGUGAUAAAAGUUUCAGACACAAGGGGUCACUAAACAAACAUAUAUGGACUCACACAGGAGAGAAACCAUUUAGCUGUGGCGACUGUGGGAAAAACUUUUAUCGUAAGGAACACUUAACCGUGCAUCUGCUGACUCACACAGGAGAGAAACCAUUUAUUUGUGGUGACUGUGGGAAGAGCUUUAAUCAGAAGGGGUCCCUUAAGGCACAUAUACUGAUUCACACAGGAGAGAAAUUAUUUAUCUGUGGUGACUGUGGGAAAAGCUUCAGUCUGAAGAAGCACUUAACUGUGCAUAUACUGACUCACACAGGAGAGAAACCAUUUAGCUGUGGAGACUGUGGGAAAAGCUUCAGUCAGAAGGCCCACCUAAAUAAUCAUAUACGUACUCACACAGGAGAGAAACCAUUUAUCUGCUUUGACUGUGGAAAAAGCUUCAGUCAAAAGGGGGUCCUAGGGAGGCACAUACUGACUCACACAGGAGAGAAAUCAUUUAGCUGUUGUGACUGUGGGAAAAGUUUCAGUCUGAAGGACCACCUAAAUAAGCAUAUACUGACUCACACAGGAGAGAAACCAUUUAGCUGUUGUUACUGUGGGAAAAGCUUCAGUCAGAAGGGGGUCCUAGGGAGACACAUACGGACUCACACAGGAGAGAAACCAUUUAGCUGUGGCGACUGUGGGAAAAGCUUCAGUCAGAAAGUGGUCCUGGGGAGACACAUACGGACUCACACAGGAGAGAAACCAUUUAGCUGUGGUGACUGUGGGAAAAGAUUUAGUGUCAAGAGAAACUUAAUCAAACACAAACGGAUUCACACAGGAGAGAAACAACAUGGCUGCUCAGUCUGUGAUAAAAUAUUCACUCAGAAGACUAAUCUGUUGAGGCAUGUCAAAAACAACCACAAAGAAAGUAAAUGAGGACACAGAGAGGAGACUAAGAGUAUUGAGAUACACCUGUGGACCAACUGAGGACAUAGACACGGAGAGGGGACGAAGAGUAUUGAGAUACACCUGUGGACCAACUGAGGACAUAGACACAGAGAGGGGACUAAGAGUUUUGAGAUACACCUGUGGACCAACUGAGGACAUAGACACAGAGAGGGGACUAAGAGUAUUGAGAUACACCUGUGGACCAACUGAGGACAUAGACACAGAGAGGAGACUAAGAGUAUUGAGAUCCACCUGUGGACCAACUGAGGACAUAGACACAGAGAGGGGACUAAGAGUUUUGAGAUACACCUGUGGACCAACUGAGGACAUAGACACAGAGAGGGGACUAAGAGUUUUGAGAUACACCUGUGGACCAACUGAGGACAUAGACACAGAGAGGGGACUAAGAGUUUUGAGAUACACCUGUGGACCAACUGAGGACAUAGAGACAGAGAGGGGACUAAGAGUUUUGAGAUACACCUGUGGACCAACUGAGGACAUAGACACAGAGAGGGGACUAAGAGUUUUGAGAUACACCUGUGGACCAACUGAGGACAUAGACACAGAGAGGGAACUAAGAGUUUUGAGAAUUGGGGUUGGAGAAUUGUAAAACACUAAAAUGGCAUAGAUUGAUAAAUGGAGGCAAGAUGUCAAACUAUUGAGCUAAUGUAUACAAUUUUCCUGUAGCUACUUUUUCAUUUUAAAAGGGGCAAACAUAAGUGUAGACUACAAACAUAAGUGUAGACUACAAACAUAAGUGUACACUACAAACAAGUGUACACUGCAAACAUAAGUGUACACUAUAAACAUAAGUGUACACUAUAAACAUAAGUGUACACUACAAACAUAAGUGUAGACUACAAACAUAAGUGUACACUACAAUGUAUGAUUUGGCAAGUUAGUCAUUUAACUUGCCAAAAUAUUCUCAAAUAAUGUUUUAGAAAGAUAAGCAUGAAAGGGUUAUGGUCUGAUUGACUCAACAACCCAAAAAACAUAUAUCUAGUGUAGGGUACUAAGUGAAUUAGAAAAUCAAUAGUUAUUUCUGGUUGCUUAUCAAAGUUAGCUGGCUAACUCCUCAAACCAGCUACGUAGUGUACCCCUUUGGUUGCUUAUCAAAGUUAGUUUGCUAACUCUUCGAUCCUGCUUUGUAGUGUACCCCUCUGGUUGCUUAUCAAAGUUCGUUAGCUAACUCUUCGAUCCUGCUUUGUAGUGUACCCCUCUGGUUGCUUAUCAAAGUUAGUUUGCUAACUCUUCGAUCCUGCUUUGUAGUGUACCCAUUUACAUUUACAUUUAAGUCAUUUAGCAGACGCUCUUAUCCAGAGUGACUUACAAAUAUCAAAGUUUGUUAGCUAACUCUUUGAUCCUGCUUUGUAGUGUACCCAUCUGGUUGCUUAUCAAAGUUAGUUUGCUAACUCUUCGAUCCUGCUUUGUAGUAUACCCCUCUGCAGUUAAAACAACUACAAAGUGGGAACCCACCACUGUUUUGCUAAACAGCUGAGGGAUAGGGUUGGAGAAAUGUAAACACUCCCAAAUUCAGACAGAUUUCGAAUAGUUAAUCUUAUUUAUUAUAUUAAAUAUUGCACAAUUUACCGUAUAAAUGCAGCUGAGCGUCAGAGUGUCGUAGGAGUUUAUCUUCGUCUUAUCUUCAUAUUGACGCUUUGCCUUUUUGAUGAUUCGUCAGAGGGUGUAGAACUCCUUCUAAACGUCUCGCUCCUUGAAAGCGUCGGCUCUAGUCUUCAGUUCAGUGCGGAUGUUGCCUGUAAUGCUUCUGGUUGGCGUAUGUACCUACGGUUUGUGUGGACGGAGUUGUCCAUGCACUUAUUCAUGAAGCCGGUGACUGAUGUGAUAUCGGAUGAAUCCCUGAAGCUUGGCUGCAACCCUUCUAAGCCCAUGCUGCCCUUCAGUCCCUAGACUUUUUGCGCUGACGGAAACAUAGAUUAUCCCAGAUACUACUCCAGCUGUUCUCUGCAUCUGACUGUGUGUUCUUUCAUAGUCUGAGAGCAUCUGGUCGUCGCGGUGGUGGCACAGGGAUACUCGUUUAUGCCGCGACCGUUUGUAGUAGAUGGUGGCAUUCUGUCAUUGCACCACACUGAUCACAAGGAGUUAGAACACUGAUUUAUCCAUUGUCUAAACUGUGACAGAAAUGGACUAUAUUUUCCUGAAUGAAUGGAUGUGUUGUCAGUCUGAUAGUCUCUCUUCUCUGGCAUCAGAGUCCUGCAUCAGGCGACAACAACAACAAACAAUUGCUCCUGGAGUUGAAAGAGAACUUGGAUAAAUACAAUGGCACAAACACACACGACAUGUGGACUGACGAUUUUCGAAAAAUUGGUAAGGUGGGCUUUUGGUUUCUCUAUUUUAUAUUUUUUAGACAAUUCAAAACAUACACAUACAAACAACAACUACAUCACACCUGCCCAGACCCACCUGCUCACGCCUCCAUCUCCAGACCCACCUGCUCACGCCUCCAUCUCCAGACCCACCUGCUCACAUCUCCAGACCCACUUGCUCACACCUCCAUCUCCAGACCCACCUGCUCACACCUCCAUCUCCAGACCCAUCUGCUCACACCUCCAUCUCCAGACCCACCUGCUCACACCUCCAUCUCCAGACCCACCUGCUCACACCUCCAUCUCCAGACCCACCUGCUCACACUUCCAUCUCCAGACCCACCUGCUCACACUUCCAUCUCCAGACCCACCUGCUCACGCCUCCAUCUCCAGACCCACCUGCUCACAUCUCCAGACCCACUUGCUCACACCUCCAUCUCCAGACCCACCUGCUCACACCUCCAUCUCCAGACCCACCUGCUCACACCUCCAUCUCCAGACCCACCUGCUCACACCUCCAUCUCCAGACCCACCUGCAUCACACCUCCAUCUCCAGACCCACCUGCAUCACACCUCCAUCUCCAGACCCACCUGCUCACACCUCCAUCUCCAGACCCACCUGCUCACACCUCCAUCUCCAGACCCACCUGCAUCACACCUCCAUCUCCAGCUCCUGCAUCUCCUCCACAUGUCCUCAAACUGCACCAUUUUGUUUCCCUCCGUCGCCCCACACACACUUUUCAACAUUUGGAUAAUUAAGCAUUUAAAGGCUGACAUUUCUGACGGCUGAAUGUCAUGGAUUAUGAUACCUAACUAUUAUACCUAAUGAAAAAUACAGUGAGUUUCUGAAACACGGAGUCCUUCUGAUGUAAAGCAGAAACUGAACGAAGAGAGUCCAGUGAGGAUUUGUCAGCAUAAAGCUGCGUGCUCAUUCGUGGCUUUGGAUCAAAAUAAACAAGUACCAACAUUCUUUCUGAGAGAUAAAUAAAUGUUUUGACCA